GGCCUCUGAGAUGGCGCAGUCGGGUGCCGCCGCCAACCUGACCCGAGGCUCCUUGGUGGCUAUGCAGGAACUUCUGGAUGUCCUCAUUGCGCGCAGCGAGUGCAGGCUGGGGGACAUUGACUGGGUGGAGGUCCACGCUGCCGGCAGUUCCAUGGUGGAUGCAUUGGAAGCCCUUGCUUGCGACCAACUCCUGCGCAAG